UGCACUUCACGCAGUUACCUGCACAGUGAUUACAAUUUGCAAAAACUUAUCUAAGUGCCGAUUUGGCAGGGGCAGGUAUGUUAUCACUGCAUAAAAUUAUAUGCUUUUACCAUAUAAAAAAUAGUUAUAAGAUUAUAACAUACAAAAGAAGUUAUUUCGAAAAUAAGAGAAAUAAAUAAGUUUCUUUCUUUGGAUUUUCUUUACAUAAUGUACAUCAAGUAAUAUUAACUUUCGUUGUCUCAUUCAAUUUUUAUAAUAUUGCAGUUUGGUAAUAAUUGUUACUAUUAUUUUAAAGUUUGUGUACUUAUUCGAGACAAUUCAAAUGAUAAAGAUGAAGUAAAAAAUAUUUGUAAAUUUAUAUUGCUUUACAAGUAUGAAAAACUGACACCCUGGUAAUUUCAAGGUUGUCAAAAGUACAAUAAAAUAAAUAUUACAGCGAUAAGAAAACUGCUAUAUUUUGUGUUAAGUGAUUGUGUUUAAAUGUGGGUGAGGCCGUGAUAUUAUCCAUAUUUAACGAAGAUGUGGGCCUCCUGAAAGAGCCUAGUUCCUAAUACGGGUUGGUGGAAUUUGAGCCACUAAAUAUCACUUGAAUAAAAUAUGACAGAGGAAUUACGCAUUCUCUACUAUCUUUGAAUCUCAAAACUUAACUGCAUUUCUGAAGUAAAAUGAAACAAAUUAUGUCCAAACCCAGAUUGAAAUGGAUACUCCUCCUCCUGCUAUCGAUAUUUGUAAUAAGCUGGUGUCUACUUUAUGGUCCAGACAUGAAUCAAACCGACAUACGCUACUGUUUUAUGAAUAGCUUCAGUGCAUCUCCAAUAGUUUCAUCUACACAACAAAAAUAUGCACAAAAUAAGUUUAGUGUUGGUCCGCAUCUCCUGGACGAUAUAAUGCUUUCAGAACCGAAACCAAAUGCAAGUGGGCGUAGUAUUAUCUUUCACGAAACCAGUUGUCCGAAUGAGAAACUACGUAGUAGGAUGCAAUACUUAGGCAGCGCACCAAUUAAUAUGAUGGAUCUUACAGCUCGGGAAGCAUGUGCCAUUGAAUCGGCUGCAUUACACAAUCCUGGUUUUAGUGUUUUUGUACUCUUUGCCAGUCCUGCUUACCGUGAUUACAAUAAUACUCCGCCAGUGAUAGAAGCGAUACUCAGCUACCCAAAUGUACAUUUACGAAACCUAAAUAUUUGGAGUUAUGCAGCUGGAACACCGAUGUACCAGUGGUUAAAAGAUGGCAAACUUUUUCGAUCCAGUUAUGUGCUAUCACACCUUUCCGAUUUCUUACGCUAUUUGACAUUAUGGCGAUGGGGUGGCACUUACCUUGACAUGGAUGUCGUAGUGCUGCGUAGUUUAGAAAAAUUGCCACCAAAUUAUACAGGAGCGGAGUCAACUACGUACCUUGCAGCUGGUGUAAUGAAUUUCGCUCCUGAUGGGUUUGGCCAUGAAAUCGCUGAAAAAUGCUUACGAGAUUUCCUGUUAAAUUUCGAUGGGAGCGAUUGGGGUAACAACGGGCCAGGUGUCAUAACGCGAGUCAUGAAUGAUGUCUGUAAGACAGCCAACAUUGAGUUAAUGAUGGAUGCUAAACGGUGUAUGGGAUUUCACAUAAUGCCAAGGGAAGCGUUUUAUGCGAUACCUUGGAAGAAGUGGGAAUAUUUUUUUGAAGCACAGUACCUGACUGAAACCCUGGAUUUGCUUCGGGAUUCGUACAUAGCACAUGUAUGGAACAAACACUCCAAGCAAAGGCACGUGAAAGUGGGUGCAAACGUAGCUUACGGUAUUCUGGCCGAAAAGCAUUGCCCGAAAGUUUAUGCAGCAGCAGGCGAGUAUUUUUAAAACACAAACAAGAAACAAAACGAAAAGUUAAUGUUGAAGAAGGUUAAGGUAAAAAGGAAAAGUAUUUUUUUAGCAUUUCGUUGAAACGAAAGUAAGAAAUAGUUUUUAGUUUCUGUCUAUGUAUGUAUAUGUGAAAGUUUAAUGCGGACGCAAAUCUGAAUGGCCAAUUCACAUAGAAAUUUUGCUUCUUAUGAGUGCGUGCACAUAAAAAGUUAGUGACUCGAAACCAAGCAAAAUGUCAGAACUCUCAUAUGUUAUGGCUUACCUUUUGUUUUCCGCGCUUCGUUGUUUCAGUAUGAACAGUUACGAAAAGCGAGGAAAGUUGUAUGUGAAGGGGCCUUAAGAGUUGCUUAAAACUUCUUACUUCAUUCGAACCGAAAUUUAUAAUUGCGCCCGAAAAUUGUUUUGUUAAUUAUAUUAUAUUGUUUAAUGUUAUUUUGUAUGCAUAUGUAUGUUCUGACUAAGGCAAAUCAUUUGUAGAAUCUCUUGUGUAUUUUUUAUUAGAUUGCUAGCGCAAACGAAUAAUUUUUUUUAAAUAUUUUUUUUUAUAUUUUUAAUUUUUUUUUUAUAAUUUUUUUUUUAUAAUUUUUUAAAUAUUUUUUUAAAUAUUUUUUUUUUAUAAAUCUCACUCAGUUAAUACAGUUUUUCUAUUUAAUUAAAUGUGUGAGUCAUGCCUACAAAUUGCACUGUAUUUUAGUUGAAUAAUAACCCAUUCCUGUAUGUAUAUUCUCAUUAGCUUAAAUAUGUAUAUUCCACACACCAAGCAUAUUCACAUUUUGUAAAUAGAUAUACAUGAUAUGUAUUAUUUAACGAAUCUCAAUAACAAAAAGCAAAACUGUCUCUAAAUAGCAAGUAGUAGAAACCAAAGUUUGUACAUAAAUAUAAAAGUUCAAAUAUGGAUCAAUUUAUAGUAGAAAUUGUGUAUGUAUGUAUUUUAGUGUACUAUAGAUGAUACUAUUGAAGUCUAAAUGAUCAGUGAGUGCUUAUAUAAGCGAAAUUAGUUUUUUCUUACCAAUAUGACAUCUAUUGUUUUUUAUAGUUUUAGCAAAAAGCUUAAAAUAAGCUAACCUCGAACACAGUAAAAUAAUGCUCAUACUUGUAUGGUGAACAUAUGUAGAUAAAUAAUAUCCUACCAAUUCCUGCCACAAAAAAAAUUCGACAUUAUUUUUAUACACAUUGUUUUUAAAAGCUAUUGAAAUAUCAUUGCAGUAAUCCGAAUUGCAAUAGUGAAUAAUAAGACAAAUAUAAUAUUGGCAUACAUGUUGAAAUAGCUUAGCUUAUGUAUACAUGUAUAGCGUGCACUACACUGUGAACUUACAUAUAUAUGUCAAUUGGCGUGGAAACUAUUAAACAAAGUUAUACAAUGAAAUCGAAGGUGUAUUAGAUAGAAUUGUUAUGUAUAAGAUAUUAAGUGUUAUAUAAGAAAUAUAUGCACCCGAACACAUAUUAA